GUUCAUACACCGACUCUUCCAAUGCUGGUCGGGCGAUUGAAGACGCAACAUGAAACUACUGAACCCGAAAUGUGUGGUGGUUCCCAAGAAGACGGCGGCUUCUGAAGCCGAACAGAUCUCUCGUCUUCGCGCGUCUCAAUCCCCGAUAGCCAUCUCCCUUCAAAAAUGCCCGACAUGGACUUCACUAGACGGCCUCAAAUUCAGAGGCUACUGGGACAACGAAGGCAGUGGCGUAUUAGUAAAUACAGGACAAACAGCUUACUUCACCUUCGACACAAACUCUCGACCACGACUAAGCGGCGGGCCCCUAAUGGGCGAGUACAUCUUCGAACAAAUGCACUUCCACUGGUCUGUUGAUGACUUCACGGGCUGCGAACACGUUUUAGAUGGGCACGGAUACGCAGCAGAAUGCCACUUCGUACACUACAACAGUAAAUACGAGUCAAUGGAAGCGGCGGUAGGCCACGCUGACGGCCUGGCGGUGGUAGGCUUCCUGUUGGAGGUGGUAGACGCCCCUAACCCGAAAUUUGAUAAGCUUGUCGAAGGUUUAGAGGCAAUUCAGAAGAGGGACCAAGCUGUUCCAGUCACUGCAGAGUCACUGUCCUGGAUGGAGCGUGACGACCUACGCGAAGGUAGCUACGUGACCUACAAAGGGUCGCUAACUACGCCCCCGUACACGGAGUGCGUAACGUGGAUCAUUUAUCAGAAACCUGUGCAAAUUGGACCGGAACAGCUGGGCCUUCUUCGUCAGUUAGAAGGGCUCGACAGCAAGCCCAUCGAGAGGAACGUGAGACCGACGCAGCGCCACCCUCCUGGUCACUCCGUCAUAUACGUGAAACAAGUCAAGGCCAAGCUUUAACUUUCAGAACUUCACUACGAGAAAAUGUGUCUUUUUUUCACACAUCUUUGAACAUAGACAAUAGACAUGCGCAAAAUGUGUCGCCGAAAAGAAGAGUAUCGUCACUACUUUUAAAAAAUCUCGUAUCUCACGAUGUUCCUCAAAGUUAAAACGCAGUAAGUCUAUAUGCCUUCCAUAC